UUGGAACAACACGGGGAAAGCGGAAGUCAGGCGUUUUAUCCUGAAGGCAUUAACCGGAAAUGUGCCUCACCCGGUGGGGCUUGACUCUUAGAUGGUUCGGAGUGCUCGCAACUUGAACAAGAGACACAAAACGACUGCUGAAAGUCGCUCGUUCAUUGCGGGCGGACGUUCGGAAGCAACUACAUCGGCCACCGGAAGACUGGAAGUAAUUCGUCUCGGUGCCAUUUGCUCGGGAUGUUCCGCUUGUGCUCGGUUCGGCUGCCGAGGCUCCAGGCGGGCGGAGCCGCUCACCGCUGGCCGCGGCGUCCGCUCGGAACUCACGGCCGCAACGAGCCCAGGGAGCCGCUGAACUCGCCCAAGCGGGCCAAAGAGUUCAUCUACCGGCUGCAGGCACGCGAGAGGUCCUGUUUGCUCAAGGAGCUCCAGAACUUCGAAUCCAUCGCCAUCGCCCAAGAGACUGUGGAACCCUCGCCACCCACUGCAGCUCAGAUUAGAUAUGUUUUAUUCCACAACACCCUCCCUUUCAUCGGCUUUGGUUUCCUGGACAACGCCAUCAUGAUCUCCGCUGGAACGCAGAUCGAGCUCUCCAUCGGAAUCACGCUGGGAAUCUCCACCAUGGCCGCCGCCGCUCUGGGGAACCUGGUUUCCGACUUGGCGGGUCUCGGCUUGGCAGGCUACGUGGAGGCGCUGGCGUCCAGACUGGGCAUGCAGGUCCCGGACCUGACCCCCAAGCAGGCCGACAUGUGGCAGACCCGUCUCAGCUCGCACACGGGCAAAGCCAUCGGCGUCUUCAUCGGCUGCGUUCUGGGGAUGUUCCCGCUCUUGUUCAUCAGCGACGACGACGACAAGAAGGCCAAAGCGGAGAAGCGGGCGCCAUCCUGAUGCAGAAACGGACGGCAAAGCUCACGCGGGAAGCCGCGUUCUCGCUAACUUCCUGUCCAACACUACCAGCCAACCUGCUGACUGACCGCUACCUCCCGGUGCACGCGAUCAUUGCAUGCAUUGUGACGCACAAAUUAUUUUUUUUAUGGAGGGGACGUGCUUGCUUAGAAUGUCCUAACUGCUAAACAAACAACUUAAAUGGAGGAAAUAUAUACCGUAGAUAUGUUUUUGCACAAAUACGAGCUUCUGUGGCUACAAAUGAGGUAGAACGUUAAGAACAAGUAGUUUGGGUUUUCUUUUAUUUUGGUAGUGUUCACUAUUUAGAGGGAGGUGACCCUCCAGAUGUUUUUGCACCAAAGUCAACUCUCUUUUGUCUUCAUUUUUUGUCACACUCAAAAUGACAAAUUAUUAUUUACAUGGAUUCAGAGACAAAGAAAUUCUGGAACGUUCUCUCGUGACGCAAUGAAAGCGAACCCAUUGACUCUAACAUGCCUUAUUUUGCAUGGAAACAUUUUUUUUUUCUGACAAAUACUUCAGCAAUAUUUUGUAUAUUCUGUGGAACAAUUUCUUCCUAAAUUGACCAAGAUGAACUUUCCAGGGAGUCAAAAUGAGAUGUUUGUUCUUUUUACUACACGUACAACACAUGUUUUUGUACCACUCUGUCAUAAAUAUGUUUUAAUAAAAGAGAAAUGAAUUCA